GCUUAAUCUCCUGUGCAAAGCAAGACAUGGAAUUAUACAGGUGCCACAAAUGAGUUAGGCAUUUCCACUGCUUUGCCUCUAGCCCUUUGGCUGCAUUUUUAAUGCUGAGAGAAAGACUAGAGAUGUGCUGGCUCUUUUUUUGCCUUAUCUUGUCAGCCUUGAGUGUUCCACAGAUUUUCAAAAUCAGGUAAUUCAAAGAAUUGAAUUAGCCGUACAAAUGUGUUUUGAAGGAGGUUAGACAACUAUGUCUGCUUCCCAAUAAUAAUAAUAAUAAUAAUAAUAAUAUUUCAUAGAUGGAAUAAAUGCAGAAAUGUAUGAUAUGUGCUAUUUUGGUCAAUUUUUGGCCAAGAACCUUUACCCAUCUGGCUCCUGGUAAAUACAUUAUUUAGCACUAAUUGAAACAGAAUUACCCACGUUCUCAUGUGUAAAGCCAUAAUGGCCCAGUGCUGAGAAAGUAAUAUGAGUGUAAUUGGCAUAAAGGCUGGAUCAAGGCUGUAUAUUAACUCUUUUUUCAGGCUUCUAAAAUGAAGCCAAGCCAGAAAAUGCAUGACACAUCUGAAAAAUGAUUUUCUGUAUGAUUUUAUAUGAAUGUUGUAGAGCUUUAAGACUCUAAAGCUAAUGGGUUAAUCAAGCUGAUAUCUGGCCAUGUAAAAUACUCAAUUACAAUUGGCUGGCAUUAAUUUCUUAAAACACUAUUAAUGUAAGUCCAGUUAAAAAAUAGAAUCACAGGUAUAAAUCAAUGCACUUCAUCCUAUAUAAGAAAAACCAGAACGUAACCAUGACAAGGAACAUAAAUAAUAGAUUAGGCUUGGCUUUGGUUAUUGCUAAUCAACAAUAGGGAAAAUAAAUCACAUGGCCAUUAACAUUAGUUUUAAUUCAUUUGGACAUCAUGAAGCUUUGGAAGAAUGGAAAGCAGCAGAGUUAGCACUAAAGAAUCCUGACAGACACUCCAUCUGAAUCACUCUCUACAUGCAGCAAAAAAAGAACUCUUUUCCCAAGAAAGUAGGCUAGACAUAAGAAUGUGUUUUCAAUUUUCAUGUCAGUCAGUUAUGACUAAGCGGAACAUACAAAAGCUCAGUUUUUGAAGAAUGUUAAGAGUUCGUGGUAUAAGCAGGAAAAAGUUGUUCAAAGUAUCCUGAGCAAAGACCCUACUGGGAAUCUUCUUUUAUAUAUUUUGUUGAUUGACACAUCUGGAGCAAAAGAUGCAAAGCUUCUCGCUAAAUUUAUUUUAAAAAAUAAUUCACUCUUAAGCAUUCACCCUAUGACCUGGAGAUUGUGAGUUCAAAUCCCAAAGAUGCCAUAGCCAUAUGUGGCUGGCAGCCAAGGGAACAAAACUGGCUUGCUCUCUGGGUGGGAGGGGUGUCGUUCUCCCUCUCUCCCCUGUCAAUCACAGCAACACUAGCCAAUUGUAGGUGUCUGUGAGCUCAUGUAUGUGGAAGAGGGUUGAUAGCUCUUUCCUCUGAAUGUGUUCCGCUGCUCUGGGAAGCAGGUAGAAAUGGAUGUGUUAGUUUUCAAUCUCCCUGGUGGCUGGUUGGUGGGAAUUGGCAGGUGACCAAACUGGGGAUAAAAUGUUUCACAAUUAUAAGUGACCAUGAUGGCUGCUGAUCUAAACAUUUCACAUAUUCUGCAAGACCUCUGUCACCCCCCAUAUAAUGCCAAUCAAUUGUGCUGUAAAAAUGAGGACAAGAACAACAACAUCAAUAAUGCAGGGAUAGCAGAGGAGCCAUGGCUUCUCACUAGUGUGGUGACUCAGAGCCAAGAACAAGAGCAUACACAUAAACAAGGAAGUGAGAGGAGUUUCAAGACUCAGGUUAAAGAAGAUGAAACGAAGCACCCCCGGGGACAUCUAUGUAAUUCACCAGUAUCUCUGAAAAACUCAAACAAUAAGAACCGGACAGACCAGUCAACAUCAAAGCCUAAUAUUUCCACUAAGAGUUCUGUGUUUGAAAAGUGGGCUGCCAUGGAUAGGGCCAAUCAGAGACCCCUUGCCAAGAGGCAGCUUUCAGACAUCAGCAAAGCUUUCACUUCCACAGCUGUGAAGAAGACUCUGGUGAAAGAGGAAGAUCAGACAAGAGAGAAGGUGCAGAGUAGUGCUACUCAGCAAGACAGGAGGAAUGAUCAGAUUAUCUUGAAUCAGCGUGGGUCCAGAAGGAAAUUGCAGAAGGAGCUGAUCUCCAGCACGGAUGAUUUCUACAGAGUGGACACACACGCAAUCAGUGCUGGCCAAGAGCUAAAGAGUAAGAAGAUCUUCUCAGUACAGACUAUUGCUAGAACCAUCACCAAGGGAACAUCUACCGAUUUAGAAAGGCUCCGUGCAAUCUGGAUCUGGCUCUGUCACAACAUCGAGUAUGAUUUGAAUGGGUACCUGGGUCUGACUGAGAAAGUAUGUUCUGCUGAGCAAGUUAUUGAAACAGGACGAGGAGUUUGCUGUGGAUACUCCAGUGUCUGUUUACAACUGUGCAGGGAGGCUGGCAUUGAGUGCAGGGAGGUGGCUGGCCAUGGCAAAGGUAUUGGAUACAAACUGGGUCAGAGCUACCAGAACACCAAGUCAAAUCAUAUGUGGAAUGCAGUGCGUUUGGAGGAUCACUGGUAUCUGCUGGAUGCCUGCUGGGGAGCUGGGAGAGUGGAUAUGGACAGCAAAGCCUUCAUAAAGAGAUACAAUGAAUUCUACUUCCUGACUGAUCCAGAGGACUUCAUCAAUUCACACUGGCCCGAUGAGAAGGAGUGGCAGCUGCUGGAGAGCCCCAUUAAGCUGGAGGAGUUUGAGAAGAGUGUUCUGAAAACCUCUGAGUUUUACAAGCUUGGGUUAACACUCGUCCACCCCAAACAAUUCUUACUCAAAACAGAGGAUGGUGAGGCUUCCAUAUCAAUGAGAUUCUCUCAGCCUGUGGAGUUCACGUAUGAGAUUUCCCAGCACCACAGUGGUGAACAGAAGGAGCUGAGUACCUCUAUGGGUCUACUCACCGUCACGCAGAACAGCAUGAAGCUCCAUCUGAUGCCGCCAACCUCAGGAACAUUCGACAUCAUGCUGUUUGCACGACCAGGACAUACUUCUGGAAAGUUCAGCUGGGUGUGUUCCUUUCUACUGGAGUGCAAUGAGCCUAAGACUUCAGAGAAUCUUCCUGAGAACCCUUACCUGUAUUGGGGAAUGACACAAAAUGCUGAAGAUCUGGGAAUGAAACCAUGCAUACAUGGUAGUGAGGCCAUUUUACUGAAAUCGGGGUCAUCUGAACUUGUGCUGCAGACUAGCAGGCCACUCAUGAUGCUAUGUGAAAUAAGCCAUAAGGAUCUAGAUGACACUCUGGCUAAGAGAUGUCUGGCCACCCAAAUUGAAGCAGACAAACUUACCUGUAGCAUUCUUUGUCCAUACAUUGGUUAUUACAGACUGUCUGUAUUUGUCAGGGACUAUGAGAGUGAUAGAAACAGCUUCCAGAAUGUGGGAAACUUUCUUCUUCACUGCAUCGCCAACCCAAUCAACUUGAAUCAGCUUUUGCCUCCAGAUCUCAGCCACUUUUGCGGGCCUGGAAUCAGGACUGACGACGCUGGUCUAUCAAAGUUCAGCCACACAGCCGCAAUAGUGAAAACACAGCAGGGAAAGUGCAACAUCACCUUCCAGAACCAGCAGGAUCUGGACCUUCAUGCCAUUUUAAAACAUAGCAAAGAACAAUCUGGACACCCCCUUUCUCAGCACAUCUUCUUCACCCACAAUGGCAGUAAGGUCACUCUCAGUGUGGCCCUGCCCGAGCCAGGAGUUUACAAACUGAGUCUUUAUGGAAAAACACCAUCCAACCAGGAAUUUAACAUGCUAUGUGAUUUUAUCCUUCAAAACAGCUCAGAGAGCUCAUGGCCCCCAUUCCCAUACACUUACACAGCCUGGAGGAAGGGCAGCGUGCUGUUUGAGCCACGCUCAGGCCUACUUGAGCCACUGUGUUGGGUUCAGUUCCGCGUCCGUGUUCCUGGGGCUCGCAGAGUCACCGUGCUGGGUGAGGAAAGAGUGGAUCUGCAGCUCAAUAAGAGUCACAUUUGGGAAGGAGAAGUGUUCACAGGGAAUGUGGAACAGAUCAAACUCGCAGCCAGCCAGGAGGAAACAUCUGAUCAGAUGGACAUCCUGAUGAGCUUUGAUGUGCUGAAGCCACAAAAUGAGAUGUAAAAAAAAAAAAAAAAAAGUACUGGGAAAGUAGGACAGACCAAACAUGGUGCAUGGCAAGGCACUUCCAGGGUCCCCGGUUCGAUCCUGAUGGUACCUUUAAAUUGACCGGUCCCCCAUCCAGGAUGUAUUCCCACCUCACACCUAGAUUCCCAGGAUAGGCUCCGAACAACUCUGACCAGGAUAAAGUAAUUACUGAAGAUGAAUGAAUGAAUGCUGUCCGAAUGCAAUUUCUGCAUCCAGAUAUUCAGUUCAGGCUAAAAAAAAUCAAUCUAGUAAACAUGACUGAUAACUGUGAACAAAAUUUAUAAUACCUGGCAGCUUUCAUACUGGUUUCACGCCUUUGUCAUACCAUAGAUUACUUGUGUUUGUCUAUGUGUCACAUUUUUUUUCUUCAAGGUGCUGAAGAGAUAAAAUGAAGCAAUCAAGAUGUGAUUGAAGUGUAGACUUUCAGCUUUAAUUCAAGGGUUUAACAAACAUACUGCAUUAGCCAUUUAGGAAUUACAGCCAUUUUUUUUUUACAUAGUCUCCCAAUUUUCACAGGCUCAAAAGUAAUUGGACAAACUAAAAUAAUUAUAAAUAUUAGGAUUAUUAUUAAUACUUGGAUGCAAAUCAUUUGCAGUCAAUGACUGUCUGAAGUCUGGAACCCAUGGACAUCACCAAAUGCUGAGUUUCCUCCCUUGAAGUGCUUUUCCAGGUGGGUCUUUCUGUCCUCAGUUUUGUACUCAGUAAGUGAAAAGCAUGCUCAAUUGGUUGAGGUCAGGUGACUGACUCAGCCAUUUAAGAGCAUUCCAUUUCUUUGCCUUAAGAAGCUCUUGGGUUGCUUUCUCGCUAUGUUUUGGGUCAUUAUCCAUCUGUACUGUGAAGCGCUGUCCUAUCAGUUUUGCAGCAUUUGACUGAAUCUGAGAAGAAAGUAUAGCUCUAUACACUUCAGAAUUCAUCCUGAUACUUCUAUCAGCAAUCACACCAUCAAUAAUCACCAAUGACCCAGUUCAAUUGGCAGCCACACAGGUCCAUGCUAUAACACUUGUUUGGAACAUAAGCCCUUUCUUUCCUUCUCCAUACUCUUCUCUUCCCAUCAAUACAAGUUAAUCUUGGAUUCAUCUGUCCAAAGAAUCUAGAUGUUUUCUAGCACCAUCUAGUCUUUCUGUUCUUGAGUGUUACCAGUGGUUUGCAUCUCGAGGUAAACCCUCUGUAUUUACUUUCAUAAAGGUGUCUUAUGAUUGUAGACUUUGACAAUGAUAUGCCUACCUCCUUGAGAGUGUUCUUUACUUGGCUAGAUGUUGUGAAAGAGUUUUUCUUCACCAAGAAAAGAAUUCUGUGAUCACCCCCUUAAGUUGCCUUCCAUGGUCUUCCAGGCCUUUUGCUGUUGCUGAGCUCACCAGUGCAUUCCUUCUUUUUUCAGACUAAUGAUGGCCUCUUUCACUUGCAUCAACACCCCUUUGGACUGCAUAUUGACAGUUCCCAUGAACAGCUACCAAAUGCAAAUUCAACGCUUGGAAUCAACUCCAGAACUUUAAUCUCCUUAAUUUGUCAUGAAAUAAUGAGGAAACAGGUCACACCUGGCCAUGAAACUGCUUAUCAGUCAAUUGUCCAAUUACUGUGAAAAUGGAGGGACUAUGCAAAAACAUAGCUGUAAUUCCUAAAUGGUUAAUGCAUUAUAUUUGUUAAACCCCUUGAAUUAAAGCUGAAAGUCUACAAAUCUUGACUGCUUCCUUUCAAAUCCAUUGUGCUGGUGUACAGAGGCAAAAUUCAGAGAAUUGUGUCACUGUCCAAAUACUUAUGGACCUGACUGUACAUUUCACUAAAUAUGUUUUUCAGAAUUAGCACAAUUAAAGAGAGCUAGGUUUCUACCUAUUAUAAGACUGAAUGCAUCAUGACAUUCUAAAUGAAGUUAUGUAAAAUGUGUGCACUUUGAUACACUGGAGAAUGAAGAUUUUAAAACUAUUCACUGUUAGAUACUCAUAUUUAGAAAAAGCAUAUUUGGCUUUCAAGUAUUAUCAUCUUGUCUCACUUGUUUUUUAUUUUAAAAUAAAGUGCUUUCCCAACAAAAUUAUUUAUUCUGUAUAAUGGUUCAGCAUGAAAAUCUGUGUACCAAACUACGCUUCAGUUAGAGGCCAAAUAGCAUAAUUCAUAGAAUUAUAUUUUUUGCCAUUUUUUCAUUUUACCAUCAAGUUUUAUGCAUAUAAAUACAAAACCACUGCAUCAGCAUUCAGCACUUGGCAAAGUCUGCAAAUCAGCUCUCAGUUGGUCUGGUAAUCAGUUUAAGAGUCACAGCACAGGAGCAGCAAGGCCAUGCUCUCUUACACACCAUAUAUCACGUCACAGCAACACACGAACUGAGCCACUUACGCAAGGCAGCAAAUGCAAUCUGUUCUCACUGUCUUUGACACAUGCACUAUUUUUACACUGCCAAGAACGAUAACGAUUGUUUAGUCCCCCUGAAGUUACAAAGACCGCACAGCCAGGUUUAUGUUUGGCUAAGAUAUUGACAUUAGGUCUGUUGUUUUUUUCUUGACGCUCUUCCUUGGCUGAUUAGCAUCAUUCCUGUCUCACUCUGUGAGGGGCUGAUAAUGAAGGGGCACCUUCUGCUGGUGAAUGGCAGGGUUGCCAGGUCUCAACAAAAUAUCCAGGCCAACUAAAUCUCAAAAAAAAAAAAAAAUUAAGCUAGCCCACAGCUAGCCCACAAAUGUUGGCAGC